AUGUCCGUCACACUGCACACAUCUCUCGGCGACCUCAAAAUCGAAGUGUUUUGCGAGAGCGUGCCCAAAACCGCCGAGAACUUUCUCGCCCUCUGCGCGUCCGGCUACUACGACCAAUCGCCCUUUCACCGCCUCAUCCCGCAAUUCAUGAUCCAGACCGGCGCUCCUGCCGUGCCCUCGCCCCCCGAUAACCCCAAGGGCGGACGGUCCAUCUGGGGCGGCGUCUUCGCCGACGAGAUACGCCCGGCUCUGCGGCACGCCGACCGCGGCAUCGUGUCCAUGGCCAACAAGGGCCCGGGCACCAACGGAUCUCAGUUCUUUAUCCUGCUCGACCGCGCGCCGCACCUCGACGGCCUCAACACCGUAUUUGGCCGGGUGAUUGGCGACGACGGGCUCGCGACGUUGGCGAAGAUGGAGGCGGUCGAGGUGGACAAGAAGAACCGCCCGAAGACCCCGUUUUGUAUUGAGCGCGUGACGGUCCAUGCGAACCCGCUGGCGGACUGA